CGUUCUGCUCUACAGCGCUCGGCCUGGCUCGUUAGAGUUCGGGUAGGGCUCGGUUUCGCUCGGCAACACUCGGCUUUGCUCGGGAAAGCUCGGCUUCGCCUGGCGGGGCAGGGCCCCGGCGGUUCCCGGGGCCGCCCCGGACCUUGCGCUCCAUGGCGCGGUGCCGCCGCUCUCUCGCCCGUCCCCCCGGUCUUUGGACCCGGGGCGCGGCACCCCCAGUCCCGUGGUGCGGCGGGGAGGAGACAGGUGGCGGCCGGCCCCGUGUGCGGAGCAGCAGGCAUGGCCACCCCGCGGAUCACCGAGAGCACCGUCGCGGUGCAAGGACAGACCCUCUUCUACCGCCAAGCUGACCCGGCCGAGGCAGUGCCAAAGCUGACCGUGCUGCUGCUGCACGGCAUCCGCUUCUCCUCCGAAACCUGGCUGCAGGUGGGGACGCUCGCCACGCUGGCCGAGAACGGCUACCGAGCUGUGGCCAUCGACCUGCCGGGGCUGGGCCGCUCGAAGGAUGCUGUGGCCCCAGCACCCGUGGGCCAGCCAGCGCCAGCGGCGUUCCUGAAGGCAGUUUCAGAGGCUCUGCACCUGGGUCCAGCUGUGGUGAUCAGCCCGUCGCUCAGUGGCAUGUACUCGCUGCCCUUCCUCUUAGAGCACAGCCAGCUGUUCAAGGCCUAUGUACCUGUGGCACCCAUCUGCACUGAGAAAUUCACGGCGGAGCAGUAUGCCCAGAUCAAAACCCCCACGCUGAUCGUGUACGGGGACCAGGAUGCAGAGCUGGGGCAGACCAGCCUGAACAACCUGCAGCACCUCCCUGAGCACCAGGUGCUGAUGCUGCAGGGUGCAGGACACGCCUGCUACCUGGACAAGCCCAAUGAGUGGCACCAUGGACUCCUGGCCUUCCUGCAGCAGCUGAAGUGAGCAGGAAGGAACCACAGGGCAGGGGGAUGUGGCCAGCCCACCCACCCCUCUGCCUGCACAUGCACCCUUGUGCCAACCCAGGUGCUCAGCUGGCACUCACACUGCACCCACCUCUCUUGAGACCAAAUAAAACCCUAAGCUCUG